CAAAUAUUUGCUGUGACGUUUCCCCCACCCGUCAGCAGAGACGCACGGUAAAAUCCUACGCACCGCGGAGCAGCAGCAGCACCGGGUUGUGGGCUUACGAGAACGGCGGCUGCGAUGUUUCAGACCCGUUCCACGAGGGAUUCGGGUUGACCGAGCUCCGAAGGAAGGCUCGGCAACAAUCCCAAUUCAUCCCUUAACGUUUAUCUCCGCGUUUUCCCCACGGAAGCGCCCCCACAGCCCUGACUACACAGACGGAGUAAGUGACAAACGGCGUCACACGCAGGGCCGCCCGCUGCCCGCCGUCCCUCCGGACACGCCGGUACAAAGGCAGCAGGCGGAUGAAGGCGCGUAUUGUCCGGAACCAACGGCGAGGACGGACAUUGGAGCCGGGGCCGCCGCCUGGGGUCUCCCGUACGGCCCCACCUGGCAGCCCCCGAGAAGGAGCUCGGCACGGCUCGGUACAGCACAGCACGGCUCGGCUCGGCCCGGCCCGCUCUCCAGGCCCGACCACCGUCCCCGGGGCAGCCCCGCAGCCCAGCCCGCCGCGGCAGCACACACCCCGCCCGCCUCCCACCGUAGCCGUGCUCUCCCACCCGCUUCGCCGCGGUAACGCUUGUCGGCGCUGCCCUACCCAGAAGCUCUCCACGAAGUACGCCAUCAUCAUCCCGCCGUCGCCGCCCCGGCCCCAGCUCGCCCGGCCCGGCCCCAACCGCCGAGACGCGACGGAGGAAGCAGCCGCCGCCGCCACGCGCCGCCCUUCCCGUCACGGCGCACCGCCUCCCUCCACACGGCGGCUCCGCCCAACGCGCGGCCGGAUGGGCCGUCAGAGCCCGGGACGGGUACGGUUUACAGUGGUUGCUACAGAAGGAUGCUGGCUUGGUUAGCUGCUGUCCCGGUACAAUUGUUUCUUUGUUCCUAUAGCCUAAUGGGAGUGGACAGAAAGGAAUGCUAUUCUGAUAGCUGUGACUAUAUGUGAGUGUUUCAGAAUAAAACAAAUAUCCCCACUGCGUGCCAGCACAAGCUCUCAUGGAAGAUUCAAGUAAUUUCCUGGAUUAAUAUUAUAAAUGCAGGGAUAGGGAGGUGAUUGUCCCUCUCUACUCGGCUCUUGUGAGGCCCCAUCUGGAGU